AUGGGUCAACAAUCAACACCGCCGUUACUCUGCUUGCCCCCCAACAUCCGCAAGAGAAUUUAUUUCUUCGUCGGUCUCGUCCGGGAGUGCCCCGUUGCUAUUCAUCCGCUUGGCAAACCCGCCUUUGCUUUCUGGCCUGAGGAAGUAGUUCCAGCUAUCGAAGCAUGCGCCUUCGAACUUCGCAAAGAUACAAGGGACCCUGUCCGUGUGGGCACGCAUCCUGAAUGCUUGUGCCCAGAGUUCCCCAAGCAGCUCCUUCUCGUGUGUAAGCAACUGCAUAGAGAAGUUGAGGAGAUUCUAUAUGGCGGAAACAAAUUUGUCAUCCGGGCUCAGAAGGAGGCUGGGAGUCUCAACGUCCUGCACACUAUUUCGACCAACGCCGUGCGGUCUUUGCGUCACCUCCUAGUCCGCCUAAACAGCUGGCCAUGCAUUCGAGGGCACAGCUCGCCGCUCAGCAGUCGGGAAAAGUGCUUGAGCUGCGGAUCAGACGCAAGCUGGGCUGAUCUAGAGAUACCAACUGACAGGCACUCUCAACAUAUCAUCGAGGCGUGGGAGGCUGUGUGUGGACGCUUAGCCAACUCAGGUAUCGCCUCAGGGCAGCUCCAUCUGGAAUUCGUCUGUGAUGUUGAAGACCUGCAGAGCGCCCAACGUGUGUUGAAGCCGCUCGAGUGUCUCCCACUCCUUAAACAUUGCAACAUACGGCUAGGGAGGGAACCAGAGCGGGAGCUCUGCUCACUUGCUCGAAUAACUAGCGAGAAGCUUACUCGGAAGAACCAAAAUACCGGAGGCUUUCGUUUCUUUGAUCUACCUCGAGAGAUACGUCUUCGGAUUCUUCGGCACACAAAUCUGGGCCCUAGUGGCGACUUUCUCCCAGAUAUGCACACGAUCCGAGUAUCCAUGGGAAAUUGGACCAUGGAUAUCCCUUGA